UCGAGGUCUUGGAAGGAGCAGAUCUGCGACAGUUGGAGUCGUAUCUGAAGGUCCAGGACAAGGGCCGCGUUCUUGGCAACCUAUACAGGAUUGUCACGACGGAGGGAUAUGUCAAGUGGGUGUGCAUCGACCACUAUCGCGAAAACUAUCGGGCAUCGGCAGUCCAGCAACUACGAGAUACUGUCCAGGCCAAUGCUGGGACUUUUAUCGAGCAGCUGGGUAAGAUCAAGAUCACUCUUGCGUCUCCUACUCAAGCGGCGCAGUUUUACGGCAGUCUGAUCAAGGCGCGAGGAGUUCAUGAGCUGGGUAUUACACUGAACUGGGACGUAUCAAUGGACGAUCUUCAGAGCUUCGCUGUUGCUGUCACGAAAGCGGGUAUCGUCUGUCUGACCAUGUGGGGUCAAGCCAUCAAGGGACAAACAUUGGACUAUUUCAACCGCUACCGCCGCUUCAACCCCAUCGUGGGGCUCAUGUCUAACGCGCGGAUCCAGGCACUGCACCUCGUUUCAUUCAGCGAUUUUUUUACGCGUAUCAGCAGCUCUCAUAUCCAGAUGGCAUCUCAGCUUCGAGUCAUAACGAUGCGCUCCACCCCUCUUGAGGAUGACGUAUCCAUGGGAGUACUUACCCAGAUUCUUGAGAACUCUCCCAAUUUGACGGAGCUGUGGUUGGAUACGGACAAUCCGGACAAGGCCUACCAAAUGAUCUUAAGCAAGAUUUGCAUUCUGCCAAAACUCAAGUCUCUGGGCCUUCAGUUCAGAACCAAGGGUGUGGCAGUCGAGCUCCUCAUGUGGAGCAUCAAGACUAUGAAUGCGUCGUUUGUCAGCAUCACGGCAUCAUCUCCACCCCACCUUACAUUUGUUCAACGAGGCGUUCUCACUCACUUGUUGAUAAAGAAUCGUAUUCGCAUUUCGGACGACGCUCGGCUGGCUAAAAUACUACACGAGAACCCGAAGCUAUUGGAGAUCAGCCUUAAAUGCGACAGCGAGCGAUUUCAUGCGAUCAUUGAGCUGGUUGCAUCGACGAGAGAGCGAUGGCGAUUGGAAGGAUACGAUCUUCAGCGGUUGCGACUCGAACUCACUCAGGACUACAGGCAGGAACGUGAGGAUGAAAUCAAAUCCACUGUGCAAUUCUCAGAGCAUUCUGUUGCUUAUGACAUGUUCACUCAUGUCAAUUUGAGAUCUGAAUGGAGGCCCGAUCCGGAUUAUUUACCGCCGCUAUUCCGUCGAUAUGGAUGGUCCAUCGUGACAUUAGACGCCGGGCGUGGAAAACUUGACGAUGAUCUCGCCCUACAACUGGACAGAUCUACAGAAGAGAGAACAUCCAACCUUGCGGCUCUUGCGCUGGACCCAACACGACUAUCGUCCAAUGGUGCUGAGUGCAUUGACCGAGUUCUCAGUCGCUCAAACAAGCUCCAGGACUUCUCGAUCUACCUCCGAGGUCCAUUUACUGGGAAUCCAGCUGGGACAUGGCUACUAGGCCGCCACAAGGAGAAACUGACUUCUUUAGAUGCAAAGGUUGCACAGGCGGACCUGGAUAUUCCGUGUCUGGCGGAAAUCUUGCCGAUGAGACGCGAUUUGCCGAGGCUGAGCUCACUGACGAUUCUCAGCAGUGGCCUGAAUACACAGGCCCACUUAGCUUUCCCUCAAGAAUGCGUACCAUGGCUCGCUGCGAUGGUCUCUGCCCCAGGCAACCCAAUAAUCCCUACCCCACCGUCAUCGAACCUAAGUGAACCUCCUGCCGCAUUGUACUCCGUAACUGAGGCCGAUACAUCCAUCUUAUGGGAGCCAUUGAGGAAUGUCUGGCUCUAUGUGUUUUCGCUCCAGUCUGAAGAGUGGAAGACUGUAAUCAAGGCACUUGAUUUCUCUACACUGGAAACACUGGGACUCAGGGGGACCGACUUUUCAACUAAUGAACUCCAUGUAUUGGUUGAGUGCAUUCCCGAGGACGGCGCCGCAAUACCGUUAAUGGUUUUGGACUUCACAUCGAGUGCUCUCUUCGAAUCCAGCGGUGACUCUGAAGUGCGAUCGCUAUGCGAGACCCUUACAAGUAAGGCGCCUCGUGUUACAAUCAAAGGACUUUUUAAUAACCCAUGUGGUGAGGUUUGAUAUUUCAAAUACAGAUUACCGUAAAAAAGGCGCAAUAGCUGGUCUGUAUUGUAAUCCGUUAAUGGGG